UGUUUUGAAAGAAAAUGAAAUCUGACUAAGCACGAUGUUGUCAAAAUACCUUAUCAUUGUCUUAUUUUUGAUAUAUGUUACAGAAUGCGCGACCCAAGUUUACAAGAACCACUCGGUCGAAACUGCUAUAGCAAAUAAGCCUACGGUUGUAAACGAUGACUUUAUUACACAAACCGUCUAUGGAUUCUUGGAUUUCACUACCACUAUCGGAAACACGGUGAUGGUGUUCAGCCCACAAAGUGCACCAGGAGACAGUGAAAAGGCAAAGAAAAGCAGCGAUUCGGUUAUCCAAACGAAACCAAGCGAAACGAAGGAAAAAGUGGCUCCUGCUAUCCAACCAAGCAAAACGCACAAGAUAAAUUCUGAGGAUGAAACGAAAAAACAAACCAAAGGCACAAAGGUUGUUGUAAAUUCCGUCAUCGAGCAAAACGUCAUUAAUUCUACCGAGGAUAAUGGAUUGCAACCGCUGAAGAACCAGGAACCGAAACCUCACGUACAGGUAACAACGAAAAAUCCUGUAGUGUCUUCGCAAAUCCACGUAAAAUCGAAGGACGAAGUUAUCAUCGUUAAGAACAAUCUUGCAGAACCUGAGUAUGAUUUUCUGUCAAAGCAACCAGUUGAAGUAGUUGACGAGACGUAUAAGCUGAUUAAUUUGAAGCCUACCACGAAAGUUCACGCGAAACCCAGACCCACGGGUAGACGUGAGAAAGAAAAUCCAACUGGUCUAGUUACGAGACUCGGUGGCACUAUUGUUAAGGAUGGGCUGACUACCGUCCAUGAAACUAGCGUAAUCGGUACUUACAUAAAUGGCAAGUACGCCCAAGUGCUGCAAAGCUCGUCGAGAAUUCUUUCGGGAACACCACCGAUUCCUGAAGGCAAAAUUCGCCCCUCUACUACUCAAAGAAUAUUGAAAACUAUUGGGCCACAACAAGGAAAGCUGAAACCACAACUAGAACCCACUCCAACGAAUCAGCAAGAGGAAUCGACGUUACCUUUGGAAGUUUUGUUUAGUGCUCCAGCUGGUUCAACGGUGAGGAGCACUCGAAAAAAUUCGGGUCCGAAUUUAUCACGUCCGAAGUUCCGUAACAAGGUCAACGAUGACUAUGAUAACAGUGGCGAAGUGCAGCAAACAAAACCGUUUAAAAAUCGAAGCAGUACCACCGCGAGACCAAGUUUCAAAAAUCGAAUCCCUCCAACGACAACCACGGAACCACCUGUUACUCGUCGUCGUAGCAGCUUCAGACCAAAUAAUCAACCGAGUUUACCUUCGAAGCAAAUUAAUAAGAAUAAGAUCGAAGCACAACCGGUCAGUCCUAACCCUGUGCCGAAAUUGAAGCUGCCAAGAACACAGGGUCGUUGGUCUUACAAAACGACUCCUAAACCGAGAAUAGCUAUUCGAAAACAAGUAGACGUCGACGAUGAGUUACGUUCGCCGUUUGAAACUAGCACAACAGAGGGUCCAUUGAGCGUAGAUGAUAGCAAAACUACCGCAGCUUCUGUUUCCACAUUCUCGACCACAACUUCGGUCACCACAGGCCAAAUAACUAAUGCUCAAAGAAAGAUUCAAGAAGUGGUAAACGACGAAGAAUUAGAUCCGAGUGAAAGCGAGGAUGUGGUCAGUGUCAGUGUCCAAGAUCAACAUUCCGAACAAAUCCUGCCAGUCGAGACAAUCAACGUUGAGAUAUCAACGGCUCCUGACAUGGCUAACGCGUACUUCGAAAUUGCUACAAUCAAAUCGCCACACGCUUUCCAGGUUGGAACCUUGAGAAAUACCCGUUACGUCACGGUAACUUCAACGAUCAAGAAAUCAUUCUCAACGAUAGAUCCAUCCACUACGAUAUCACCGUCUGAACCUUUGACAGAAAAUAUCCUAGCAAAUACUGCAGCAGCGUAUGAAACGACGUUACCCCUGGACUCAGCUGUGGCAACCCUUCCAGUUAUAUCUCUAGAAUCUGGCCAGGCAACCCCACCUUUGGAGACCUUGACGGAAACCUUCUCUACUACUCAAACACUCCUCAAGACCCAUCUGCUUCCAGUAGUCUAUGGCGGUAACACCACCAAGUUGACCCUCGUACAAACGUACAACAUUGCUCGUGUGGUCACCGCUACGAAGACUUUACCACCCAUGGAUAUCUAUCAGUUCAUUCCCAGCAAAGCCUUGAACGAGUUCAACACGAAACUAGAAGAAGCAGGUAGCGAACUGCAUCUAGAGCUAGACGUCGGUGACGACGACAGAGACGACGAUGAUAUUCCCAAAAGAGUAGUGGCUCCAAACAGCGACAAGGAUUCAGACAUAGAGCCAUUCAAAUCUAUUUCACAAUCCAAAGUGAAGACAGAAGUCCAGAGCAGCAGUACCGCUGAAUUGCAACUGACUCAAGAUCAGCUGGCUCUGUUGAAAUAUCUCAGCCAGCAACAGCAGCAACAGGUGAUCACCACCACGCGACCGGUAGUCGUUCUCGAGACCCUCUACGAGUCCCACGUGAUCCCAGUUGUGAACAACGGAAACACGAUUUAUUCGACGAUAUCCAGGCCAGUCGCCACAGUGCCACGGACAUCCUAUGAAUACGGAAUGUCCACAAUUGCUCCCGCUCUGCCACCUCAGCUACCGCCACAGUUGCCACCACAAUUGCCCAUAUUCCAACAGCAACCGCAUUUCACAAUAACGAGCACUCCUGUGGUCACGCAAACUCUGGCUACCGUGUCAGAUUCUAAAAUUCUGAAGUUGACCUUUGGCGCGAAAACGGCGUACACCACGUUGUUCUCCAGCAGAGUGGUACCAACAGAGGUUACCACUUACGUUACGAAUACCAUACCAGUGCAACCGACGGUUCCUGCGUUCCCUUAUUAUCCUCCACCUGUCGGCUACCCACCUUAUCCCUUCGUAGGGUAG